CCUCAAUCAUCAAUAAGCAGGCCCCAGAAACGUCCGUUCAUCGUAAUUAAAUACCCCCAAGUCCCUGCAAUAGAGGAAUUAUCGAGCUUUGUUCUUCACCGUGCAUUGUGUUUGUGAUUACUGGAACCAGAAGAAGAAGCAAGAAAUGUCAGGUCCAGAGUGUUGCUCAAACCCGCCAACGCUCAACCCCAGUGCUGGAGCUGGCCGUGUUGAGAAAGUUGGUGGCAUAGAUACUUAUGUCACCGGCUCCGCCGACUCCAAGCUUGCCGUUCUUCUGAUCUCCGAUGUUUAUGGUUAUGAAGCACCAAAUUUGAGGAAGCUUGCGGACAAGGUUGCUGCUGCGGGGUAUUAUGUAGUUGUUCCUGAUUUCCUCCAUGGCGAUCCUUUUGCUCCUGAGAAAGCUGACAGACCAGUAUCUGUUUGGAUAAAAGAUCAUCCGCAGGACAAAGGUAUUGAGGUCGCUAAACCUGUAAUCGAAGCCUUAAAAGGUAAAGGUGUUUCAACAAUUGGAGCUGCUGGUUUUUGCUGGGGUGCCAAGGUUGUAACUGAGGUUGCAAGACACGGACUUAUUAAUGCUGCUGUGCUAUUACACCCAUCAUUUGUCACUGUGGAUGACAUCAACAGUAUUGAAAUUCCAAUUGCUAUACUGGGAGCUGAGACUGACAAAAUUUCUCCUCCAGAACUUGUUAAACAGUUCGAACAAAUCCUAUCUGCUAAGCCUGGGGUUCCUAGUUUUGUGAAAAUAUUUCCUCAAGUUGCACACGGUUGGACUGUGAGGUACAACACUGAAGAUGCUAAAGCAGUGUCGGCAGCAGAAGAGGCGCAUCAGGACUUGUUAACCUGGUUUGCCAAGCACCUUAAGUGAGAAAUCUUGUUCUAAUGGCCUUGUAUCAUGAUGGCAUGAAAGCCAUAGGAGAUUGUAGAUUCAAUCCUGCUUGUUACCCCAAGUCAAUUAGAUUAUCAGUAUUCAAUCUACAAGCAGGUAACUACAUAGUUCAAUUGUCCUUUGAUGUUGCUGCUGGUUUGUUCAAGUGGCAUUGUACACUGAGUCAAACUCAAAGCAUAGCAUGUUCAUUGCAAUGUAUUAAAGACUGGAGAUAUAAAUUUAAAAAAUUUUAUGUACAUUGCAUUGUAGGCUGAUGCCAUGUGUAUUAAUUGAAAACUACAUCAACUGAAAAAAAAUGCGCGAUUUGCCUUAAA